UCAUCAUUCAUAUCAAGCAUAAUCUCUAUUCUCCCGAACUUGGGAAAGCCCAAAAAUGUUGCCUCAGCUCGUGUUAUUAGGGGUGAUCCUGGUAGCCUCAGCUUGGCUUCUUUCAAAGAGAAAGAGCAAGUCGAAGCCGAGGCCAAGCCUUCCGCCGGGUCCGGUGGCUCUGCCCAUUGUCGGCCACCUUCACCUUCUGAAGCCUCUGGUCCACCAGGCCUUGCGCGACCUCCAAACCAAAUAUGGCCCUCUCAUGCACCUCAGGCUUGGCUACGCCGACAUGGUCGUCGCCAACACUCCCGAACUCGCAAAAGAACUCCUCAAGACCAACGAACUCGCUUACUCUUCUCGUAAAAUGAACGUUGCCAUCAACCUCGUAACCUAUGACAACGCCACCUUUGCCUUCGCUCCCUACGACACUUACUGGAAAUUCAUCAAGAAGCUGAGCACCACCGAGCUCUUGGGAGCCCGAACCAUCAGGCAGUUUCUUCCAGGUCGGACCCGCGAGAUCCACUGCUUCAUUAAGGACCUCGUGGAUAGAUCCGUGGCCCGAGAGAGCGUCAACCUCACCCAAGAGCUCCUGAAGCUCUCCAACAACAUCAUCUCGCAGAUGAUGCUGGGCAUCAAGAGCUCCGGAACGGACAGCCAGGCGGAGGAGGCUCGGAAUCUGGUUCGGGAGGUGACGCAGAUGUUCGGAGAGUUUAACGUCGCUGAUUUUAUUAAAAUAUGCAAGAACUUGGAUGUUCAGGGCUUUAAAAAGAGAGCCAUGGACUUGCACAAGAGGUACGAUGCUUUCUUGGAAAGGAUCAUCUCCGCUCGGGAGGAACUUCGAAGGAAACGAAAAGCUUCUGGGAAGGCAGAUGACGCUGACGACGGAGAAGAGAAAGUCAGGGACUUCCUUGACAUUUUGCUCGAUGUCGCCGAGGAUAAGAAUUCAGACGUUUCUUUAACUAGGAACCACAUAAAGUCAUUAAUUCUGGAUUACUUCACGGCAGCAACGGACACAACGGCGAUAACAGUGGAAUGGACAAUCUCGGAGCUGAUAAAUAACCCAAGAGUUCUGAAAAAAGCGCAAGAAGAGGUAGACAGAGUGACAGAACACAAGAGACUGAUAUGCGAAGCAGAUAUCCCAAACCUUCCAUAUAUUAACGCAAUAAUAAAAGAAAACAUGAGACUACAUCCUCCCAUUACUAUGAUCACCAGGAAGGGAAUCCAAGACUGCGUGGUGAGCGGCUACUUGAUCCCCAAGGGAACGAUCAUGUGCGUCAACAUUUGGGCUAUGGGCAGAGAUCCAAACAUAUGAAGCCCCUUGGAGUACAGACCAGAGAGGUUCUUGGAGGGAAAAGAGAGUGGCUUGGAUAUCAAAGGCCAUCACUAUGAAUUAUUGCCUUUCGGUUCGGGCAGAAGGGGUUGCCCUGGUCAGCCUCUGGCCAUGCAGGAACUGCCCGUCGUGAUCGGCGCUCUGGUUCAGUGUUUCACGUGGAAGCCGCUCGAUUCAGAGGGGAAGAUCAUCGGCAACGGGAAGACCAUUGAUAUGGAUGAACGGCCAGGGCUGACUGCUCCCAGAGCCAAUGAUCUAUCGUGUAUUCCAGUCGCACGAUUGAACCCUGUUCCUUUCCUUCAAGUUUGAGCCACGAGAUCAUGCCACGCGCUUUUCUUUUUUGCCUUUUCUUUUAUAAUACAAGCCAGUUUGGUUGACUAGAAGGAUGGCGCACACAUAUAUUUUGUUGUUUUAAUUAAUGUUUAUAGAAUUUGCGAGUUGUAAAAAGAGAUGGUACAGUGGUACGUAGUGAAUUUCUCUCCGUUCCAAUUAAUAAAGCUAUUAUACAAAUAAGAAUUUGAUUUCUCGCAUUCA